AAAGCACGAAACUUCCUGAUAUCGAGCACCAUGUUUUUGGUGGUUUUGCAGAUUUAAGCACGACCUCGUUCAGGCCGAUGUCACAGUAAGAGUUUUAAAGGAACUUCAUAUCUGUUACGACGAAAGAGAAAAUGGCUCGCCCAGUUUUCGUCUAUCAGACGCGGACCAAACUUUACCGUGGUUUCCUUCCUGUUCUGAAUUAUUCCUUGUUACAAUUUUAAUUUCCAACAAUAAACGAGAAAAAUAUCGUAUUUUUUUUAAGCCUACACUAGAUAUUUACCUCGUUUGUUAACGUCAGAUGUAGAAUAUAAUGACUGGUAGAGCAGUCUUUAGAAAUUUAAAACCGAAAAAUUGAGCUAAAUAUCAGAAAUAUGUUGACAUAAAGUACACUGGCGUAGUAACGGGGGGUGCAAUCUACAGACACCUGCAGCUUCAAGCAGGAUGUAAUAAGGACGGACGGGUGAAUACGUACGUUAUGCGCGUUCUGACUGCGCGCAGCCACACGCCACCCCCCGCCCCGUCACGCAGGACAUCGCUCGCAACACAAGCGAGAAGCAGGAGGGGACGGUCGCUUUAGGAAUUACCGAAAACUGUUCAUCCAGCGCAAUGGCCAAGUGUGAAGGAUGUGGACCUGGCUACAGAAGCCCCCUGGAGGCCAUGAAAGGGCCACGUGAGGAGAUUGUCUAUGUGCCCUGCGUAUACCGCAGCACUGGCAUUGAGAAGCCAGAUUAUCUGGCAACGGUGGAUGUUGAUCCGAAGUCUGCAAACUACUGCAAGGUCAUUCACCGGCUGCCCAUGCCGAACCUGAAGGAUGAACUGCAUCACUCGGGGUGGAACGCAUGCAGCAGCUGCUUUGGUGACCCCUCAAAGACACGCAACCGGCUCAUCCUGCCUGCUCUGAUCUCCUCUCGGGUCUAUGUGGUGGAUGUGGGCACCGACCCCCGUGCUCCACGGCUCCACAAGAUGGUGGAGCCCACAGAGCUGUUCUGGAAAUGCGGGCUGGCUAAUCCACACACCAGUCACUGCCUUGGCAGCGGGCAGGUCAUGAUUAGCGCCAUGGGGGAUCCCUCUGGUAAUGGGAAAGGCGGCUUUGUCCUGUUGGAUGGCAAGACAUUUGAGGUGACUGGGAACUGGGAGCUGCCAGGAGAGGCUGCCCCGUUCGGCUAUGACUUCUGGUACCAGCCCAGACACAAUGUCAUGAUGAGCACUGAGUGGGGAGCUCCCAAGGUUCUAGCCAACGGCUUUAACCCUGCAGAUGUGGGAGCAGGUCACUAUGGAAGGCACAUCCAUGUGUGGGACUGGACCACACACAAGCACCUGCAGUCUCUGGACCUGGGGGAGGAGGGGUCCAUUCCCCUGGAGAUACGCUUCCUGCACGAUCCGGCUGCCCAGGAGGGUUUCGUGGGCUGUGCGCUCAGCGGCACCAUCUUCCGCUUCUACAAAACUGGGAACGGUGACUGGGCUGCAGAGAAAGUCAUCAGCAUUCCCAGUAAGAAGGUGGAGGGAUGGGUUCUUCCACAGAUGCCCAGUCUCAUCACGGAUAUUCUGAUAUCCCUGGAUGACCGUUUCCUCUACUUGAGCAACUGGGUGCAUGGAGACAUCCGGCAAUAUGACAUCACUGACACCAGGAAUCCACGUUUGGUUGGCCAAGUCUUUCUGGGAGGCAGCAUCUUAAAUGAUGGCUCCGUCAAGGUUGUGGAGGACCAGGAGCUAGAGAGCCAGCCAGCCCCUUGCGUCAUAAAGGGGAAGAGAGUUCCUGGAAGCCCACAGAUGCUGCAGCUGAGCCUGGAUGGGAAGAGACUGUAUGUCACUACCUCACUCUUCAGCAGCUGGGACAAGCAGUUUUACCCUGACCUCAUCAAGGAGGGUUCGGUGAUGAUGCAGGUCGACGUGGACACUGUGAGCGGCGGCCUCACUGUCAAUCGGUCCUUCCUGGUUGAUUUUGGAAAAGAACCAGAUGGACCGGCGCUGGCCCACGAAGUGCGGUACCCUGGUGGGGACUGCACCUCCGACAUCUGGUUGUAACGGAAAGGGGUGGAGCUUUACAUGUUUUGAACCAUUCUAAGGACACGCUGACAUUAUUAUUAUUAUUAUUGCUGCCAGACUAGUAAUAGACAUGCCCUACAUAUAGGCUGUGACUCUAAAGAUCUUCAGUCUAUUUCUGUUGCUAGAUAAUAUGAGAUUUCACUGUUUUAACAAUACAAACUUUUUAUGACACACUGAAGCUGUAUGUUGAUGAAUUUCUGAAGCACUUGUACUUUUUCCAUAUAAAAAAUGUAAUGUUAACCUUUUUGCAAAUUAAUGAGUAACUGUAUGACUGAUAAAUGCUGAGUAAUCGGAAGGUCGCCAGUUCAUAUCCCAGGGUCAGCAGAAUGAUGUCACUGUUGGGCCCCUGAGUGAGGCCCUUAACUCCCAACUGCUCCAGGGACUGACUACGCCUGCUUUCUCAACUGUACUUUACUUUGGAUACAAGCUGAAUUUUGGUAUGAAGAUGCUUUAAUUAAAUUGUGGUUUGCAUGGAGACUGGCCUGGGGGAGAUUAUCAUAAUACUGUUUAGUCGUUUUAAGAAUAUAAUAUUAAGUAUAAUAUUUUUUGCCGUUAAGGGGAACGUUUCAGAGGGGUGUGCCUAUUAUGGUAACUGGAGGGUGACAUCUGAUGAAGAGCCAUUUGUGGGAGUGGGCAUGUCUGAGCUUAUUUACACAUCUCUAUAUCAGUGCUUAUAUUCUUGUAAAUAAUCCUUUUUCAGAGGGAAUAUAAACACUCUGAUCCAUUGGUCUGAUGCAAUCAAAAGUGUUGAGGAACUAUGGUUAUUUAAAUGUCUGACUCUGUGUACCAGGUACAAUUUUAAUAGAUGCUUUUAUCCAGAGUGACAGAUUAUUCUCAGGGUUUUAUGAUUUUUACUCAUUUCUCAGCUAGUUAUGUGGAGUCAGUAUAAUUUAUGAUUCAACUAUAAUGACAAACAGUAUACUUCAUCAAUCUGUCUCCAGCUUUGUCUUAUUGCAGUUGCCAGGUCAGCUUUGCAGGUUGGAGCCUUGUCGUGGACCAUUUUCUUUAAUUUCCACCACAGAUUCUCAAUUGGAUUAAGGUCCGGACUAUUUGCAGGCCAUGCCAUUGACAUUAUAUGUCUUUCCUGUAGGAAUGUUUUCACAGAAUUUGCCCUAUGGCACGAUGCAUUAUCAUCCUGAAAAAUUAUGCUACCAUCACCAAACAUUCUUUCAAUUGAUGGAAUAAGAAGUGUCCAAAAUCUCAACAUAAACUUGUGCAUUUAUAGAAGAUGUAAUGACUGUCUUGUCUCCCAUACCUUUAAGAACGUAAGAACAUAUGAACUAUACAAACGAGAGGAGGCCAUUCGGCCCAUCAAGCUCGCUUGGGGAGAACUAAACUAAUAGCUCAGAGUCAUUAAAAUCUUAUCUAGCUCUGAUUUAAAGGAACCCAAGGAUUCAGCUUGCACUACAUUAUCAGGAAGGCUAUUCCAUACUCUGACUACGUGCUGUGUAAAGAAGUGCUUCCUUAAAUCCAGCUUGAAAUGUUCUCCCGCUAAUUUCCACCUAUGGCCACGAGUUCGUGUAUUUAAACUAAUGCUGAAGUAACUAUUUGGUUGAACAGCAUCCAAACCUGUUAGAAUCUUAUAUACCUGGAUCAUGUCCCCCCUCAGUCUUCUUUGCUUGAGACUGAACAGAUUUAGUUCCUCGUAUGACAUUCCUCUAAGACCAGGAAUAAUUUUUGUGGCCCUAUGCUGCACCUUUUCUAAGGCCACAAUGUCCUUUUUAAGAUAUGGUGACCAAACCUGCACACAAUAUUCUAGGUGAGGUCUCACCAAGGAAUUGUAUAAUCUUAGCAUUACCUCCCUUGACUUAAACUCCACACACCUGGAGAUAUACCCCAACAUCCUAUUGCUUUUUUAUUGCUUCCCCACACUGGCGAAAAUGGGACAUGGAAGCAUCAACAUACACACCAAGGUCUUUCUCAUGAUCAGCUACCUUUAUUUCAGUGACACCCAUGAAAUACCUGUACUUUAUAUUUUUGCUCCCUAGAUGGAGUACCUUACAUUUAUCGACGUUAAAUUUCAUCUGCCAGGUAUCGGCCCAGUCACUAAUUAAAUCAAGAUCCCGCUGUAGCUGCUGAGCCGCUAAUUCAGUAUCUGCUACACCACCCACCUUGGUGUCAUCUGCAAAUUUCACCAGUUUACUGUAUAUUGGUAUCCAUAUCAUUUAUGUAAAUUAGGAACAAUAGUGGUCCUAAAAUCAAACCCUGCGGUACCCCACUAUGAACGCAAGCCCACUGUGACAUUGUGCCUCUUAUAACUACUCGCUGUUUCCUAUCUGUUAACCAGUUAUCAAUCCAGGUCGCUACGGUACCUAAAAUACCUGUCGCUUUGAGUUUAAGUAGGAGCCUCUUGUGGGGGACAACAUCAAAAGCCUUUUGUAAAUGUAAGUAGAUGACAUCAUAGGCCUUCUUAUCAUCAACUUCCUGAGUAGCUUCCUCAAAAAACUCCAACAGAUUUGUUAAACAGGAUCUACCUCUCCUAAAUCCAUGCUGGCUAUCCCGCAAAAUUUACCUGACAUACAACCCCAUAUCAUUAAUGAUUGUGGAAAUUUGCAUGUUUCCUUCAGGCAGUUGUCUUUAUAAAUUUCAUUGGAACGGCACCAAACAAAAGUUCCAGCAUCAUCACCCUGCCCAAUGCAGAUUCGUGAUUCAUUACUGAAUAUAACUCUCAUCCAGACAUCCGCAGUCCAAGAUUGUCUUUCUUUAGACCACUGAAACCUUGUUUUUUUUCUGUUUAGAUGUUAAUGAUGGUUUUCGUUUGGCUUUUCUGUAUGUAAAUCUCAUUUCUUUUAGGCGAUUUCUUACUGUCCAGUCGCAGACAUGGACUCCACUUUCUGCCCAAUUGUUCUUCAUUUGUUUUGUUGUGCAUUUUGUUUUCAAGGCAUAUUGCUUUAAGUUUUCUGUCUUGGCGCUUUCAUGUCUUUCUUGGUCUACCAGUACGCUUCCCUUUUACAACCAUUCCAUUUGAUUUGUACUUGGUCCAGAUUUUAGACACAGCUGACUGGGAACAACUAACAUCUUUUGCAACAUUCCGUGAAGAUUUACCUUCUUCAAGAAGUUUGAUAAUCCUCUCCUUUGUUCCAACUGACAUCUCUCGUGUUGGAGCCAUGAGUUAUGUCAAUUAUCUUGGUUCGACACAUCACUAAUGUGUGCAAGCACUCUUUUUUUUUAACUGCAGACUAAUUAGCAGUUGUAAUCAGAUACAGGUGUUUGUUUUAGAAAUGCAAAGUGCAUGGUGAUUCCAUAUAAUAUUCCUCAGAUUUGUGAUUCCAUAUUUUUUUCCUCUGUUUGAUCUUUAAAACAGUUGUCAUUGACUAAAGUUAUCUUUUUUUAAGUGUUUUAUACAGCCAGAAGUUUGGAUUGUUGAGUAAAAAUAGUUUUGUGGCAUGUAUGCCAUUGUUUUUUUUCCUACACAAUUAAACAUUUGAAUGAA